GUGUCAAUCGUUGCCGCCGUAAAUAAUAUUUGUCGGCGCAGGACUCUGGGCUGGGGUUGUGUUGAAUUGUGGCAACAUCUUUCUUUUUCUCGUAACGCCAUUGCAGGCGUGUAGUGUUUUUAAAAGUUGUCCAAGAAAAAAAUCAUAAAACAUCCAAAAUGGUCAACUUCACCGUCGACGAAAUCCGUGCCUUGAUGGACAAAAAGAAGAACAUCCGUAACAUGUCCGUCAUUGCUCACGUCGAUCAUGGCAAAUCCACUUUGACCGAUUCCUUGGUUUCCAAGGCUGGUAUUAUUGCUGGUGCCAAGGCUGGUGAAACCCGUUUCACUGACACCCGUAAGGAUGAACAGGAACGUUGUAUUACCAUCAAGUCAACUGCCAUCUCUAUGUACUUCGAAGUCGAAGAUAAGGAUUUGGUUUUCAUCACCAAUCCCGAUUUAUGCGAAAAGAACAGCAAGGGUUUCUUGAUCAACUUGAUCGAUUCACCCGGUCACGUCGAUUUCUCCUCUGAAGUAACAGCUGCCCUUCGUGUCACUGAUGGUGCUUUGGUGGUCGUCGAUUGUGUUUCUGGUGUGUGUGUACAAACCGAAACUGUAUUGCGUCAAGCUAUUGCUGAACGUAUUAAGCCUAUUUUGUUCAUGAACAAGAUGGACCGUGCUUUGUUGGAAUUGCAAUUGGAUGCCGAAGAAUUGUACCAAACUUUCCAACGUAUCGUUGAAAACGUCAACGUCAUCAUUGCCACCUACAAUGACGAUGGUGGUCCAAUGGGUGAAGUACGUGUUGAUCCCUCAAAGGGUUCCGUAGGUUUCGGUUCCGGCUUGCACGGUUGGGCCUUUACCCUCAAACAAUUCUCUGAAAUGUACGCCGAGAAAUUCAAGAUCGACGUUGUCAAGCUAAUGAACCGUCUCUGGGGUGAAAACUUCUUCAACGCCAAGACCAAGAAAUGGCAAAAGCAAAAGGAAGCUGAUAACAAGCGUUCCUUCUGUAUGUACAUCUUGGACCCUAUCUACAAGGUCUUCGAUGCCAUCAUGAACUACAAGAAGGAAGAAAUCCCCACCUUAUUGGAGAAAAUCGGUGUAACCUUGAAGCACGAAGAUAAGGACAAGGACGGCAAAGCCUUGUUGAAGGUUGUUAUGCGUACCUGGUUGCCAGCUGGUGAAGCUUUGCUUCAGAUGAUUGCCAUCCAUUUGCCUUCUCCCGUCGUUGCCCAAAAAUACCGUAUGGAAAUGUUGUACGAAGGUCCUCAUGAUGAUGAAGCCGCCAUCGCUGUCAAGAACUGCGAUCCCGAUGGUCCUUUGAUGAUGUACAUCUCCAAGAUGGUACCCACCUCCGAUAAGGGUCGUUUCUACGCUUUCGGUCGUGUAUUCUCCGGUAAAGUAGCCACCGGUCAAAAGUGCCGUAUCAUGGGCCCCAACUAUGUUCCUGGCAAGAAGGAAGAUUUGUACGAAAAGGCCAUCCAACGUACCAUCUUGAUGAUGGGUCGUUAUGUUGAAGCCAUCGAAGAUGUUCCCUCUGGUAACAUUUGCGGUUUGGUCGGUGUUGAUCAAUUCUUGGUUAAGACCGGUACCAUUACCACUUUCAAGGAUGCUCACAACAUGAAGGUCAUGAAAUUCUCCGUUUCACCUGUCGUGCGUGUUGCUGUUGAACCCAAGAACCCUGCUGAUUUGCCCAAGUUGGUUGAAGGUCUUAAGCGUUUGGCCAAAUCCGAUCCUAUGGUACAAUGUAUCAUUGAAGAAUCCGGUGAACACAUCAUUGCUGGUGCCGGUGAAUUGCAUUUGGAAAUUUGCUUGAAGGAUUUGGAAGAAGAUCAUGCUUGCAUUCCUUUGAAGAAAUCCGAUCCCGUUGUAUCGUACCGUGAAACCGUUUUCGAAGAAUCCAACCAAAUGUGCCUCUCCAAAUCUCCCAACAAGCACAACCGUUUGCAAAUGAAGGCUUGCCCUAUGCCCGACGGUUUGCCCGAGGACAUUGAUAACGGUGACGUCAGCUCCAAGGACGAUUUCAAGAUCCGUGCCCGUUACUUGGCUGAGAAAUACGAUUACGAUGUAACUGAAGCCCGUAAGAUCUGGUGUUUCGGUCCCGACGGUACCGGUCCUAACUUCAUCUUGGAUUGUACUAAGUCCGUACAAUACUUGAACGAAAUCAAGGAUUCCGUCGUUGCUGGUUUCCAAUGGGCCACCAAGGAAGGUAUCUUGGCUGAUGAAAACAUGCGUGGUGUACGUUUCAACAUCUAUGAUGUUACAUUGCACGCUGAUGCCAUCCAUCGUGGUGGUGGCCAAAUCAUUCCAACCACUCGUCGUUGCUUGUAUGCUUCUGCCAUCACCGCUUCUCCUCGUUUGAUGGAACCCGUUUACUUGUGUGAAAUCCAAUGUCCCGAAGUUGCCGUCGGUGGUAUCUAUGGUGUAUUGAACAGACGUCGUGGUCAUGUCUUCGAAGAAUCCCAAGUCGUCGGCACCCCCAUGUUCGUCGUCAAGGCCUACUUGCCUGUCAACGAAUCCUUCGGCUUCACUGCUGAUUUGCGUUCCAACACUGGUGGUCAAGCCUUCCCUCAAUGUGUGUUCGAUCACUGGCAAGUGUUGCCCGGUGACCCAUCCGAACCCUCCAGCAAACCUUACGCUAUUGUUCAAGAUACCCGUAAACGUAAGGGUCUUAAGGAAGGUCUCCCCGAUCUUUCCCAAUACCUCGACAAAUUGUAAACAUUCUGCUUACGUCUUGUCAUCUGUAACUAAUUUACGAGAAAUAUUUUUGCUGUUGUGGCUAC